GUUCCUAGAACUGUCAAGCUGUAACACAAACAAUUAGCUUAAUAGUAAACACAAAUUGUGUAUACUAGAAUACUAGAACUUGCAACUAAUCUACGAACAGUGUAUCAGCUUGUUAAGGAUAUAUAAACCAAGAGGAUUAUUUAUUUAUAAUAUAUCGUAGAUUCUAAUUGCGUAUAUAGAAUAAUGUAUGAGGACCAAUUACAGGCUACACCAAUAGAAGAAACUCUAAACCACUUAACCAGCAGUCUUGAUUUUAAGCUGAGUGCUUGUGAUUCAUGUGAAGAUUACUUCUUUGACUUGGAAGCGAGCAUCAAUUUGGAUGAACUCUCACCCAGCAAUUGCACUGGUGAGAAUGAUGAGGAGGAUUGUGAGUACAAUAUCCUAUUCAGUGAUGAGCCUCAGUUGGAAGCCACUCCAACAUGUAGUACCAUUGAAGAAAAUCAACUUGAGAUGUUGGCCAGUGAGAAGGUCACCGAAUUGAUCUUGACUCAGCCACAGAUUGAGAACAAUGCAGAAGAAGAACCAGAAAUACAGAGUAAUACAGAAGAAGAACCAGAUAAACAAAAUAAUACAGAGGAAGAAUUAGAGAAACAGAAUAUUUCAGAAGAAGAACCAGACAAUGAGAACAAUUCUGAAGAAGAGGUGGAGGAGGAAGGUUCUUGUUUAUCUUCUGACGAAGAUCUAGCGGAGCAUCAAGUACACAAUACGCUGUUGAAUAAACAAGUAUUUGGUUACGACUCUGAUGAAGAUCCGGAUGAUGAAUGGACGCUCGAUGAUGAUAACGAGAACUCCGAGAGCAGCGGAAAUCGUAUGGCUUCGAAACGCUACGCCGUAUACACAGGGUCUUUGAGUACAGAAAGUAGCGAAUUGACUUUCUUCAAAGAGAUUUUCGAUGAUGAAGUUAUACAGAAUAUAGUGGAUCAAACGAAUUUAUACGGUAAGCAAGAGUCGAAGAAGCAAACGAAAGAUUCUCCGGCUGUCUUUGUGGAGGUGAGCAAAGACGAGAUGUGCGCUUACUUGGGUUGCUUAGUUCUAAUGGGUAUUCAUAAACUGCCAUUAAUUGACAAUUACUGGAGCACCGACCCGGCGCUCCGGGUGCAAUCAAUUGCUGAAGUGUUGUCCUAUAAACGUUUUAAGAAAAUAACUGAAUCUUUACAUAUUAAUGUUAGUAGUAAAGUAGUACCCAAAGGCAAACCGAACUACGAUAAGUUAUAUAAAAUCAGACCUCUCUUAGACCAUUUGAAUCAGCGCUUCUUGGAACUUUACGAGCCCUCGAGUUUCAUCGGUCUCAACGAAAGCACCUUUCACUUCGAUCAGAAAUGCCAGAAAAAACAACUGUGGCCGGUAAAGUAUAGGACUUGGUGUCUUGCUGAUUCUCAGAGCAACUACAUAAUGAAAAUACACAUAUGCCCUGGAAGUAAUCAAGAUGUUUGCUUAUCUACACUUGCAGAUCUUUGCGAUCCUUUAAAAGGAAGCAACUGCGUAGUGGCGCUCAACACCAGCGCAAAUUCGUACAGUCUAAUGAAGAAGUUACUGGUAAAAAAUAUUUUUUCUUGUGGCGCCGUUCCGCCUAACAGUAUCGAAGUUCUGAAGGACACAAGCGAUUUGCAAAAGGAGCAAGUUUUGUAUGCAGCAAAAUGCUGCGUUGCUGCCAUCAAAUUGGUCGAUAACAAUAAACCUAUUGUGAUGCUCUCCACAGUACCCAACGUCAAGAAGGUUUCUUGCAUCUCUCGCAGAGUUGGCGACUAUAAAACAGUAACAGCUUUACCAAAGGUAAUCAAGAUGUACAGCGACGUCAUCGGAAGCCUCAACCGCUUCGAUCGUCGCAAAGAGUCGUACGCAAUUGGACGCGUAACAAUGAAAUGGUGGCACAGGAUAUUCCAUUUCUUGCUCGAUCUUGCCAUUUCAAAUGCAUUCGCCCUGUAUUCCCUCUGCCAUAACAACACAAGGAAUCAGUUAGCAUUCCGUAUACGUCUCGCCAGGCUGCUGAUUGCCACGUACGCCUCGAGGAAGAGGAAAGAAAUUGCUCCCGUCUUCUACAUGCCACAAAAAAGAGGUGUUGUAUCGGUUCCGGAUGAGAUAAGGAAGGUGCAGUUAGGUUCACACUUUCCCGAAACGGUUAAAACCUGGAGGCGUUGUCGCAAAUGCAGCUCGAGGAAGGUCGAGAAACGCACCAAAAUCAUUUGCAGCACCUGCAAAGUUCCGCUCUGCAUUAAUCCUUGUUUCUCCGCAUUCCAUGAGUAAUUCUAUUCGAAAUACCGAAUCGGGUCGAUUAACUAUAAAUUAAAAUACCCGAUUCUAAAGUGGUGCCAAUACCAGUAUUUAUUUUACAAAUAGUAUUCAUCAGUAUUAUGUAAUUAUUAAGUUAGCUUAAGUCCCAAAAUGAUCUCAUUUUACCGUCUAUACUGCCCUAAAACCUGCAUCCUUGUUUGCUUAUCUACAUGAUAGAUCGUAACUCGCUGUUAAUGGAUCUCUUUCAGGAUGCGUCGUAUUUAUUUCAUCUUAUUUGAUUGUUUAUAUCAAUGUUUUGUUUUAUAACAAUAUACAAUAGCAACUACUAAUUUAUUUAUUCAUCCUUCUUACACUACAAAAACCAACCAACCCAAAUAAAAUUUAAUCAUAA